GUGACCUUCAUCAACCGAUGACUAUUUUCAACAAACCACAAAGACAUCGGCACCCUAUACCUACUCUUCGGAGCAUGAGCAGGCAUAGUCGGUACUGCCCUUAGCCUCCUUAUUCGAACAGAACUUGGCCAACCAGGAACUCUCCUAGGAGAUGACCAAAUCUACAAUGUCAUCGUCACUGCCCAUGCCUUCGUAAUAAUCUUUUUCAUAGUUAUACCCAUUAUGAUCGGAGGAUUUGGAAACUGACUAGUUCCCCUUAUAAUUGGAGCUCCAGACAUAGCAUUUCCCCGCAUAAACAACAUGAGUUUCUGACUACUCCCCCCAUCCUUCCUACUGCUCCUAGCAUCUUCCACAGUAGAAGCUGGAGUUGGAACAGGAUGAACCGUAUACCCCCCCUUAGCAGGCAACCUAGCCCACGCCGGUGCUUCAGUAGACCUGGCCAUCUUCUCCCUACACCUUGCAGGUGUAUCUUCCAUCUUAGGGGCAAUCAACUUUAUCACAACAGCCAUUAACAUAAAACCACCCGCCCUAUCACAGUACCAAACCCCACUAUUCGUAUGAUCCGUACUUAUUACCGCCGUACUCCUACUGCUCUCACUUCCAGUUCUGGCCGCUGGCAUCACCAUACUACUAACCGACCGAAACCUGAACACUACAUUCUUCGACCCCGCCGGAGGGGGAGACCCUAUUCUCUAUCAACACCUAUUCUGAUUCUUCGGCCACCCAGAAGUUUAUAUCCUAAUCCUCCCAGGCUUUGGAAUCAUCUCACACGUAGUAACAUAUUACGCAGGUAAAAAAGAACCAUUCGGCUAUAUAGGAAUAGUCUGAGCUAUACUAUCAAUUGGAUUCCUAGGCUUUAUCGUAUGAGCCCAUCACAUAUUUACCGUAGGAAUAGAUGUAGAUACCCGAGCAUAUUUCACUUCCGCCACUAUAAUCAUCGCUAUCCCAACCGGCAUUAAAGUAUUCAGCUGAUUAGCAACACUACACGGAGGCACCAUCAAAUGAGACCCACCAAUACUAUGAGCCUUAGGCUUUAUCUUCCUAUUCACAAUCGGAGGACUAACAGGCAUCGUACUAGCAAACUCCUCACUAGACAUUGCCCUACACGACACAUACUACGUAGUCGCCCACUUCCACUACGUCCUCUCAAUAGGGGCCGUAUUUGCCAUCCUAGCUGGAUUCACCCACUGAUUCCCCCUAUUUACCGGAUAUACCCUACACCCCACAUGAUCCAAAACCCACUUUGGAAUCAUAUUUACAGGAGUAAACCUAACAUUCUUCCCCCAACACUUCCUAGGCCUAGCCGGUAUACCACGACGCUAUUCAGACUACCCAGACGCUUACACCCUAUGAAACACCCUCUCUUCUAUCGGCUCCCUAAUUUCAAUAACAGCCGUAAUCUUACUAAUAUUCAUCAUCUGAGAAGCAUUUGCAGCAAAACGAAAAGUACUUCAAACAGAACUAACCUCCACCAACAUCGAAUGACUCUACGGCUGCCCGCCCCCAUAUCACACCUUUGAGGAACCAACCUUCGUCCAAACCCAAGAAAGG